AUGGCCGACCCCAAGCCCGCAAAACAACCCGAUCAGGUCUUCACAUCCGCAGAUCGCAUCCGCCAACUAAACGAGGUAGACAAGGAUGUAGCCAAAUUGAUCCACUCGGCCGGCCUCGCCAUCCAAGCCCUCACGAACGCACGAUCCGGCGACGCCGCCGACCGCUCCCUUGAGGCCCACAAGACGCGCUUCAAAGAAGCCACCGCACAGUACUUCGCGCUGCUGUCCUCCAUUGAUGUCCGGUUGCGACGGCAGGCUUACGCGCUGGAGGAGGCCGCCAUCUUGCCGCCGGAGUUGUCGGAUGUGGGCGGGGUGGCGGGGGGUGCGGCGGGGGGUGCGGGGGUGGCUGCUGGUGCCGCAAAUCCGUUGGAUAUCAGUUGGUUGAAUAGUCGGAAGGAUACGGUUGGGAAGGAUAAGGAGGCGGAGUUGUGGGCGGCUGCGAGGGAGUUUGUGGAGCAGAUGGGUCCGGGUGAGAAAGAGGGACAAGGCAAGAUGGAGAUGGAUUGA